AUGAACGGCAAGGACACUGAAGACAUGGAGACGGCAACGGAUCUCCUUCAGGAAACAAAGGUGGAACUCACUGGGAAGCCGUUCGCAUUCAAAGUAUUUCACAAGGGCGGAAAUCUCAUUGCCUUGAAUUCGGAUAUGGAUGUGGCGCAAGUGAUUGGCGCUGUUCAUUCCUUUUUGAAGCGGAGCGAUCCUGUCCAUAGCAGUGUCAGUCGUGAUACAUCACCGUCUCAGGUUGCUCCGUAUUGUGUGAAAUUGUGUCACACUCAUUUUAAACGAGCAAUCCUCAACUUUGCUCCACUCGUUGAUACCAAAGAUUACAAGCGAUUGCUGGGGGUUGUUGAUCUUAAGAGCAGGCAGGCAAUCGACGAGUUCACACAGUUUGUGGCGAGUCUCGGUAUCCCCAAAAUCUCCAACUGGUGGAAACACAAAAUCGAUAGUGACUGGAUCUUGCCCUGCGUCAUCAAGUCGCAGUCGCUCAUUCCUGCAGAUGAUUGGGAUCAAGCAGACAAGACAACAAAUCUCAACGAGGCUCAGCAUGCCUGGACAAAAGCUCGGACCGGAAUCAAGUUGUCUCUUGUCGAAGGAAUGGAAAGCGCUCGCAAGCUUGACUCGCAGGUCGUUCGCGAACGUGCUGUUGCGUUGAGCUCUGGCGUUGAUGUCAAUCCCAACAAUGGUUCGUACCAGCGGCGCGCCCGAAAUACGACCCGGAGGGCGAAUGCUGCCGCCAAAGCCCAUGUGAACAAAUCUGAAGGAAAGAACUCUGGCAAGAAGGCCGGCAAGAAGAGAGGCGGGGGUGGAGAACAGCUCCGUAAAUCGGCGGGAACCGCUCUCUCGAACACGGAGACGAUGAUCGUUUCCUCGAGCUCUAGUGGUCGCGUCAAGACUCGAAUUGUCCCUGCAAAACGGCUUCCUCCCACCGAAACAACUCCGGCAAUCAAACCUGUGUCUGUAGUGACCGCUCAGGGAACUGUUCAUCUGGGUGACGAUUUGCUCCUGACUGGAGAACCAUCUGGUUCGCCGAUCGAUUACUCCGUGGAUUUCAAUCCUGCUUUCACUCCCGUUACACUCUCGGACGAGGAGGUGAACUCAAUGAUCAGCUUCGGGAAUUUUUCUGUGCCAGAUCUUACCUCCAUGUUGCCGAUGUUUCCCUGUGAUUAUGAUGCUACUGAACCCGUGACAUUGGACGAAUAUGGCAUGCCGCCACUUCCGACAUUCUACGGACAGCCAGCUUCACCCCUUUUGAUCGAUCCUGAGCGCCGUCUCCCUUCUCCACCGCGCUCUCCGUCUCCGACGGCUGCAGUCUCGGAACAGACUACAGAAUCCUCUCGACCGGUCAGCUCACCCGGUGGGAGGACAAUGGGGUCUCGAAAGCGAAAGAUUCCUCAGCCUGCAGAGCCUUCUCGUGCGUCAAAAAGGCAGCGGAAAGCAGUCGAGCGGCUGAAUUUGUAA